AUGACUGAGCCUCUUCAGUGGGCCAGGUAUCACUGGCAGCGGCUGAUCGGCCAUACGAACACAGACGAUGACGAGAGACCAUACAGCUAUUCCUCUCUGCUUGCCUGCGGGGGCAAGUCCUCCCAGCCCCCCAGACUGGCAGGAAAGCAUCGGGUCGUUGUUCCCCACCUCCAGCUCUUCAAGGAGGAGCGUGAGAAGUUCUCUGGCACCUACAUGAAUAACAGAAUACGGACAACGAAGUACACGCUGUUGAAUUUUGUGCCAAGAAAUUUGUUUGAACAAUUUCACAGAGUCGCCAAUUUAUAUUUCCUGUUUCUAGUUGUUCUGAACUGGGUGCCUUUGGUAGAAGCCUUCCAAAAGGAAAUUACUAUGCUGCCUCUGGUGGUUGUCCUUACAAUUAUUGCAAUUAAAGAUGGCUUGGAAGAUUACCGAAAAUACAAAAUUGACAAACAGAUCAACAACCUAGUAACUAAAGUUUAUAGUAGGAAAGAGAAAAAAUAUGUGGACAGAUGCUGGAAAGAUGUUACUGUUGGGGACUUUAUUCACCUUUCCUGUAAUGAGGUCAUUCCUGCAGAUAUGGUUUUACUCUUUUCCACUGAUCCAGAUGGAAUCUGUCACAUUGAGACUUCUGGUCUUGAUGGAGAGAGCAAUUUAAAACAGAAGCAGGUGGUUCGGAGAUAUGCAGAGCAGGACUCUGAAGUUGAUCCUGAGAAAUUCUCCAGUAGGAUAGAAUGUGAAAAUCCAAACAAUGACCUCAACAGAUUCCGAGGCUUCCUAGAACAUUCCAACAAAGAACGCGUGGGUCUCAGUAAAGAGAAUUUAUUACUUAGAGGAUGCACCAUUAGAAACACAGAGGCUGUCAUGGGCAUUGUGGUUUAUGCAGGCCAUGAAACCAAAGCAAUGCUGAACAACAGCGGGCCAAGAUACAAGCGCAGCAAAUUGGAAAGAAGAGCAAAUACAGAUGUCCUCUGGUGUGUCCUGCUUCUGGUUAUAAUGUGCUUAACUGGUGCAUUGGGUCAUGGAAUCUGGUUGAGCAGAUAUGAAAACAUACCCUUUUUUAAUAUCCCUGAGCCGGAUGGACAUACCGUAUCACCAGUGUUGGCGGGUUUCUAUAUGUUCUGGACCAUGAUCAUUCUGUUACAGGUCUUGAUUCCUAUUUCUCUCUAUGUUUCCAUUGAAAUUGUGAAGCUUGGACAGAUAUAUUUUAUUCAAAGCGAUGUGGAUUUCUACAAUGAGAAAAUGGGUUCUACAGUUCAGUGCCGAGCCCUGAACAUCACUGAGGAUCUUGGACAGAUUCAGUACCUCUUUUCUGAUAAAACAGGAACCCUCACUGAGAAUAAGAUGGUUUUUCGAAGAUGUAGUGUGGCAGGCUUUGAUUACUGCCAUGAAGAAAAUGCCAAGAGGUUGGAAUCCUAUCAGGAAGCUGCCUCUGAAGAUGAAGAUUCUGCCGGCACUCCCAGCGGCUCCCUCAGCAACAUGGCGAAACCAAGGGCCCCCGGCUGCAGGACAGCUCACGGCCGGCCUUUAGGAAGUAUCUCCUCGAAUCAUCUUGCUGGGAGCUGUUUCGCCCUAGAAAGUAGAGAAGGAGCCAGUGAAGUACCUCAUUCCAGACAGGCUGCCUUCAGUAGCCCCAUUGAAACAGAUGUGGUACCAGACACCAGGCUUUUGGACAAGUUUAGUCAGAUCACACCUCUACUCUUCACCCCGACGGAUGAGACUGUUCCAGAUCCACCGCUGGAGACUCUCUGCAUCAUUGACUUCUUCAUUGCGCUGGCAGUUUGCAAUACAGUAGUGGUUUCUGCUCCUAACCACCCACGGCAAAAGGUCGGACUCUCUUCUCUGCGUGGCAUACCCAUUAAAUCUUUGGAGGAGAUUAAAAACCUCUUCCAGAGACACUCCGUCCGAAGGUCAGGUUCACCACCUCUUGCCAGUGGGAGAGCGCCCUCCGGAGUCCCACACGCCUUUGUGAGCAGACUCCCUCUGCUUAGUAGGAUGAAGCCAGCCUCACCUGCGGGGGAAGAGGUCUCCCGCACGAGUGGGGGCCCCCGGGGCUCGGAUACCGCAGCGUGUCCCACAGAAGCCGAGGGAGGAAGCGGCGAUGCAGCCAUCGCGAAGGGCACGGUGGAGCCCCGCCCUGGGCAGCCCUUGACCGCCAGCCUGUGUUACGAGGCCGAGAGCCCCGACGAAGCCGCCCUGGUGUACGCCGCGCGGGCCUACCGCUGCACGCUGCGGUCCCGGACCCCAGAGCAGGUCGUGCUGGACCUCGCCGCUCUGGGACCGUUAACGUUUCAACUCCUGCACAUCCUGCCCUUCGACUCAGUGAGAAGAAGAAUGUCCGUGGUGGUCCGGCACCCCCUCUCCAGCCAAGUGGUGGUGUACACAAAGGGAGCUGACUCCGCGAUCAUGGAGUCGCUCUCCGUGGCUUCCGCAGGUGGACCAGCUCUGGAAAAGCAGCAGGUGAUGAUCAGGGAGCAAACCCGGAAGCACUUGGACGACUACGCCAAACGAGGCCUGCGCACCCUGUGUGUAGCGAAGAGGGUCAUGAGUGACACUGAAUAUGCAGAGUGGCUGAGAAAUCAUUUUUUAGCUGAAACCAGCAUUGACAACAGGGAAGAAUUACUCCUUGAAUCUGCCAUGAGGUUGGAGAACAAACUCACUUUACUUGGUGCUACUGGCAUUGAAGAUCGUCUGCAAGAGGGGGUCCCUGAGGCUAUAGAAGCCCUUCACAAAGCUGGAAUCAAGAUCUGGAUGCUGACAGGGGACAAACAGGAGACGGCUGUCAAUAUUGCUUAUGCAUGCAAACUACUGGAGCCGAAUGACAAGCUCUUUAUCCUCAAUACUGAAAGUAAAAAUGCCUGUGAGAUGCUGAUGGAUACAAUUUUGGAAGAACUUCAGAAGAACCCAGCUUCUCCAGAGCAAGCAUCAUUGAGUGCGAGCUUACACCAGCCUCCUCCCACCGUGCAGGGCUCAGGGCUUCGGGCUGCACUCGUUAUCACAGGGAAGACCCUGGAGUUCGUCCUGCAGGAGAGUCUGCAGAAGCGGUUCCUGGAGCUGACUGCUUGCUGCCAAGCUGUGGUCUGCUGCCGAGCCACGCCUCUGCAGAAGAGCGAGGUGGUAAAACUGGUGCGCAGCCGCCUCCGGGUGAUGACCCUGGCCAUCGGUGACGGUGCCAAUGAUGUCAGCAUGAUUCAGGUGGCAGACAUUGGCAUUGGUAUCUCUGGGCAAGAAGGCAUGCAGGCUGUGAUGGCCAGUGACUUUGCUGUUUCUCAGUUUAGACAUCUCAGCAAGCUCCUCCUUGUCCAUGGGCACUGGUGUUAUACCCGUCUCUCCAACAUGAUUCUCUAUUUUUUCUACAAGAACGUGGCCUAUGUGAACCUCCUUUUCUGGUACCAGUUCUUUUGUGGGUUUUCAGGAACAUCCAUGACUGACUACUGGGUCUUGAUCUUCUUCAACCUCCUUUUCACAUCUGCACCUCCGGUCAUUUAUGGAGUCCUAGAGAAAGAUGUGUCUGCAGAGACCCUCAUGCAGCUGCCCGAUCUCUACAGGAGUGGCCAGAGGUCAGAGGCAUACUUGCCCCUCACCUUCGGGAUUACUUUGCUGGAUGCCUUUUAUCAAAGCCUGGCCUGCUUCUUUGUGCCUUACUAUGCCUACCAGGGCUCAGACAUUGACAUCGUUACGUUUGGAAACCCCCUGAACACAGCUGCUCUCUUCAUCAUUCUCCUCCAUCUGGUGAUAGAAAGCAAGAGUUUGACUUGGAUCCACGUGCUGGUCAUCAUUGGGAGCAUCUUGUCCUAUUUCUCCUUCGCCUUGGCUUUUGGAGCCCUGUGUGUCACUUGCAACGCGCCGUCCAGCCCCUACUGGAUUAUGCAGGAGCACAUGGUGGACCCCGUGUUCUACUUGGUUUGUGCUCUCACAGCCUCUGUUGCCCUGCUACCCAGGUUUAUAUACAGAGUUCUUCAGGGAUCCCUCUUUCCAUCUCCAAUUCUGAGGGCAAAACACUUGGACAGACUGCCUGCAGAGGAGAGGACUGAAGCUCUCAAGAGGUGGAGAGGGGCUGGGCAGAUGGAUCAGUUGACGUCUAAGUGUGCUGACCACUCAGCUGUAGCGGCAGAGAGAAUACCCACAUAUGAACCGUCUGCUGUCUUUGCAGUGAUGUCGGCAACUGCUUGUGCUGUUGAGAAAGGAAACUUACCUGAAUGUGAAACUGCUUUAGACUCAGAUUUCUCUGAAACUAAGGCCUCGGGGGUGGCUGGACCCUCAAAGGAUUAA